UUGUUAGUGUCCUGAAUGGUAAAGGAGAUUGGUGUUGUGUGUGUUUUGUCACUGUUUAAGCCUACAACGAAGCUCAGAGAACACUACAAUGUCGUCUUUGUUUCGGUUAAGGUUUUUCUGGAACCCCUCUUGUCUUGUUCGCUCACACUCUCACUCUCCGCACCCUUUCAUUCCCAAUCACAACGCUGACGACGCCGUUUCCUCUUUCCUUCACAUGCUCCAUUUGCACCCUGCACCUUCCAUCAUCGAGUUUAACAAGAUCUUAGGUUCCCUUGUGAAGAUGAAGCAUUACCCCAUUGCUCUUUCCCUUUCUCAACAGUUGCAGUUCAAAGGAAUCACACCCACCAUUGUUACUUUGAGCAUCUUGAUUAAUUGUUUCUGCCAUCUGGGUCAGAUGAGCUUCGCUUUCUCUGUAUUGGGUAAUAUUCUCAAAAGGGGUUAUCACCCAAACACCAUAACGUUGAAUACACUCAUCAAGGGUCUGUGUCUUAAUGGUGAUGUUAGGAGAGCACUGCACUUUCAUGAUGUUGUGGUAGCAAAGGGAUUUCAGCUGAACCAGGUUACUUAUGGGAUUUUGAUUAAAGGGUUAUGCAAAGUGGGAGAAACAAGAGCUGCUUUGCAGUUGCUGAGACGGAUUGAAUCGCUGUCGGUUAAGCCUGAUGUGGUAAUGUAUAGUACAAUCAUUGAUAGCCUAUGCAAAGAUAAACUUGUCAAUGAUGCAUGUGAUUUAUAUCAUGAAAUGAUUGUUAAGGGAAUUUCUCCCAAUGUUGUCACUUGUACUAGUUUAAUAUAUGGAUUUUGCAUUGUGGGUCAAUUGAAAGACGCAGUUCGUUUGUUCAAUGAAAUGGAAUUGAAUAACAUUAAGCCAGAUGUUUAUAGUUUUAAUGUAUUGGUUGAUGGAUUGUGCAAGGAAGGAAAGGUGAGACAUGCUAAAAGUGUGUUAGCUGUGAUGAUAAAAGAAGGUGUGGAACCGGAUUCUGCUACGUAUAAUACCCUAAUGGAUGGGUAUUGCCUAAUUAGUGAAAUGACCAAGGCCCAAAAUGUAUUUAACUCUAUGGCUCGAAGGGGAGUGACUCCUAAUGUUCGAAGCUACAAUAUCAUGAUUAAUGGGUUCUGUAAGGUUAAAAUGGUGGAGGAAGCCAUGAACCUCUUCAAAGAAAUGCAUUGCAGAAAGCUUAUUCCUGAUAUGGUAACAUAUAGUUGUCUUGUUGAUGGUUUGUGCAAAGCAGGGAGAAUCUCUCAUGUUUGGGAGCUUGUUGAUGAGAUGCAUGAUAGAGGUCACUCGGCUAAUGUAAUCACCUACACUUCCUUAUUGGAUGGUUUAUGCAAAAACCAUCAUUUUGAUAAGGCAAUUGCAUUAUUCAUGAAAAUUAAAGAUCGCGGAAUUCAGCCAGAUAUACACACCUACACAGUGAUAAUUGAUGGACUAUGCAAAGUUGGAAGGCUUAAGAAUGCACAAGAGAUUUUUCAGGUUCUUCUUAGUGAAGGCUACAAUGUAGAUGUCAAGACAUACACUGUUAUGAUCAAUGGGUAUUGUAAAAAUGGUUUAUUUGAUGAAGCUCAGGCCUUGCUGUCAAAAAUGGAUGACAAUGGUUGCAUUCCUGAUGCUGUGACUUUCGAAACAAUAAUUUGUGCUCUCUUUGAAAAAAAUGAGAAUGAUAAGGCAGAAAGACUUCUUCAUGAAAUGAUUGCUAGAAAUCUAUUAUAAGGAUGAAACUAAAUCUUGUGUAGUUUUAAGUCAUCCAACAAGAAAUGAAGAAUAUAGAAAGUUGAAUACGAAGUUUAUAUUUGACACAGUGCGACCUUACUUCAGUUUGGUUUUCAUGUGAGCAAGUGCGACCUUCUCACCAUGUACACUAACUCCUGCUAUAUAAACCAUUGUUUAUGUUGAUGACAUUGUCAUUACAAGGAGCUUCUCUUAACUUAUCAACCACUUUAUUUCACAACUUAACUGUACUUUUUUGGUAUAUUUGAUUCUGCCGACAAAGUGUUUGAAGUGUGGUCUGAGUUAUGGAUAGAUAGAUUGUUCCAGUAAAUUGUGAUUCAUGGCUCCACUGUGAAGUAGAUAUUCUUGCUUGCAUUUCAUUCAUGUGAUCUAUUUGACUAUACAAAAGCAAGUGCUGAGCCUUGCUUUCAUUUAUUUGGGCAUAAUAGAUCUUAAACUUGUCAGUUUUGAUAUUUGCAGGGUAAGAUGUUCUUGACUCCUUGUAAUCAAAAUUUCGCUCAACCAAACAUUUUAUUUAAUUCUGUAUAGCUAUAGUGAAAAUAGCCUGUGGUUGUGAAUGACAGUUUUUUCAAUUAUUCCUCUCACUUUAUGAGUUACUUCUUUGUUUCAACCUUUUUACUUUGAGUUUAUAGUGGUUUUGGAAUUUUCGAUGUCUUGGUUCUUUUUCCAUACUUGUACUGUGUUACUAAUCUACCUCUUAUGUUGAGCCUUUGUGCCGUCGAAGCUCAUUCAUCAUUGAGAGAGGAAACUGUCGCUGUUGGCUUCGUCAUCCUCCUACAAAGGAAGUGCUCCGUCGAAGCUCAUGUGUUGUCUGUGGUUUUCCAUUGAAACUCGUCACUGUCAAAGGUUAUUUUAGGACUAAGGAUUCUUUCGAGUAAGUGAAAGAGCUUCUGGAUUGUGUCCAGCUUUUAAUUUGGUAUGGUUCGAUUGGUUUGCUUUCAUGUUCCGAUAAGCCUUAUUGUUGGAGUGGUUUAAUUUCUAUUAACCUGUUCCCUCGUGUUGUCCAGAUAUCAUUUUAUAGGAACCAAACAAGUUUCAAGUAUCAUUUUGUUAUUUUAAGGAACAUCUACGGGAAAUCAGAUGAUAAAUUCUUGCUGACUUGUGUUUGAUAUAUUAUAAGGUUUUGUGCUUGCAGUUUUAAACAUGAAUUCCUCUUCCACAUGUGUUAUGGUAUAUAAAUUUUCACUUCACUCCCCUCUGCCCUAUGGGACAUGCUUAUUUUGCGUUUUGGAAAAUAUUUAGAGAUUCAAGAGAUAGGUGUCGAGUGUCUAUGUGCUGUGUAUUACUUUAGUUGAUAAUCUUUCUUUUUUGUGUUUGAUGUGUGAGACUAGUUUAAUAUCUGCUCCAUUUUCAAUUAGAAGUAUGGAACUGUAGAUGUUCAUAACUUGUUGAAAACAUCCCUUUGGAAGUUAUGGCAAAUUAAACUAAACAGAGUUUGUUUCUUUAGCUUUUUUUCCAAAUUCACCAGAUCCUUUCAUGAACUUUGCUAAAGCAGGGAUUAAGGCAAUGCUAGUUGAGAAAUAUAUUAUACCCUCCAAGGCUCCAAUAUUAUGGCAUUGAUUGGUUGACCAUUUUUUUCUUUUUGUGUGCUAAACAGGUUUUUAUUAAUGAUGCUGUUCUAGCUCCAAUAAACCUUUUUGUAUUUUUUCUCCUCCUUGUUUUGGAACUUUCCACACUUGUUACUGCUAAAAAGUUCUCUCAUUAUGAAUAGGUACAUUGAUGAGGUUGAACUCCAAAGGUUCAUGAUUAAGGAAGAAGUGAGUUUUGUCUAUCCCCCCUACUUGCAAAAGCAGAGACGGAUCAUAUUACCAUAAAGUCAUUAGCAACAUGGGUGUGCAUCCAUUUGAUGUUGGUGAUCGAUGUGUUGCAAAUGGUGUUUAGGUGUUGCUUGAAGAAAUGAAUAUAUUGACAAUAGUCUUCUUGAUGGCUUGAUAACGAAAAGGUUUACUUGACAAACUCUGUCCUGGCCACAAAACCCAUUAGCUAUUACAGAAGGCCAUAUAUGGUUGACAAUGUAGAGUUCUCAAUUGAUUUUAUGACACCGGCCGGAUAAAAUUGGAGCACAGAAAGAAAAAUAAAGAGAUAAUUGGAGAGAACUCCGCAAUUCUGGCAUCCUGGUCACAACUUGGUAGUGAUGUAGAUUGAAAAUGAGAAUAAGACUAAGAUGGUUCUCUUUGUUACCCACACAAUGAACUUUCAAGAGUUUGAGGAGAAGAGCAAGCAGAGAAGUGAGCUGGUGAUGGAAAUAAAGAAAAUAUGUGAAGAGCUCAAUAUCAAAUACAACCUUCUUCUGCUAGAUGCUCAUCUUAGGCAUGUGGAACCAGAGGCAAUAAAGCAGGGGAGGCUAAUUUUUCCAUAGGAUUACACUCCCAAAACUCUUGGAUGAAGAUUUGAAGUCUGUUACAUUAUUUAUAUUCAUUUGAAAAUUGAAACCAAAUUGGUUGGUGUCCCAAGAGUGCUCGAAGUUUCUUACUUUAAUUUGUUAUUUGUUAUAAUCAAAGAGAAAAACUCAUGAAGCUA